AUGAUUAAUUGGUUCAUUCAAUCAUCGAUAUUAUAUAUAGGAAUACUGUUUUUUCAGAAUAUUUAUUGCUUUAAUGUAGAGGAUAAUAAAAAUGAAUUAAAAAAGGUCAUCGACAAUGAUUUGCUCCAUAGUGAGCUAAAUAGAUUGGAAGAUAUGCUAUUAUAUACAAUAGAGCAUGAUGAGUUCAAGUUACCAAUAAAAACAAAAAAUGUCAAAGAUGAAUAUAUUAAUAAUAAUUUUAAAGAAAUAAUUAUCGAAGAUGAAACUUCAAAUAAGGAUGAGCCAUAUCUUAUAUUAAAACAUGAUGCUACAGUUGAAGAUGUAAUAAAUUAUGAACACAUUUUAAAGGAACAAGUGGCUUUAAAAUAUGAUCCUUCGAUAUCAGAUAAAAUUAAAAAUAAAGUCCUAGUUGUAAGAACAUUAAAAAUUGUUAAAUUUAUGCUACUACCAAUUAAUCAAUAUAAAAAAACUCAAGACAUCAAAGAAGCCUUACUCGAAUUAAAUAAAAUGUUUACUUAUGAUCGUAAAAAAGAUAAAAAUAAUAAUUAUGUCACAUCGAAAUUAAAAAAAACAACUUAUGAAAAUAUGUUAUAUUCAUUAAAAAUUCUCAAAGCCAAAAAUCAAAUUCCAGAAAAUCCUGAUAUCAGUGAGGAUGAUAUUGACUACAAAGACUUAUUAUUUUCUUAUGAACCCGACAUUGAAUAUAUGAAAAAACAUGAUGUUCUAUCUAACCAUUAUGGCAUCGGCAUAUAUAAUUAUAUAGGAACCCAUUAUAUAGCGCUUGGCUAUUUUAUCACACUCAAGAUGGCACUCAAACAUUUCGAUAAAUACUUUGUCGAUGGAGAGUUAAAAUUUUACACGUGGGGAACAAUAUUGCAACACACACCUGACGAUCGAUUUAAGGCUUUAGAUUUAAUGUGUGAUGAUACAUACACCAAAAAAAUGAUCAUUAAUAAAAAAAAUAGUAUAGCAAAAAGCCAAAUUAGAUCAGCUUCUCAAGAUUGUUCAGUAUUAGAAUUUCUUAUACAUCAAUAUAAUAUAUAUCAAGUUGAAUUAUUUAAAAGGGCUUCCAUUAUAAAUUUGAAUAUACAAUUAUUUUUAGAUACGAAUGAUUUAAAAGAAAAAUUUUUUACCUUUAUGUGUAAAAAAACUAAUGAAUGUAAUAUAUACAGAGGCCCACAAUUUAAGCGUGAAGACAAAAAACAUCAUGAUUUUGUGGAUAAUAAUUAUAAUUUUAAUAAUUACCUCAUAGAAAAAGAUGAGAAAAACAAUCCAUAUAAUGUAUAUACCAAUUAUUAUUAUUUUAUAAAAUAUUAUAACGAGUUUAAUCCAGACCAAAUUAUUUAUGUACAUAUUUUUAAUAUAAUCGGAAUUUUAAGUGGAAAUCCUAGUGCGCUUGUUAGCUCGUUAUUUUUGCCAGGAUACUAUAAUGCCAUCCAAAUUUCUUAUAUUGAAAAUCGUCAUAUAUCGCAGUUUUAUGACAAUCUAGUAAAAUGUUACAAGGUAUGCCAUUAUAGAAAAGCACAUUCUCUCAGCAGUAACGUUAAAAAAGAGUUUACUAAUAAAACAUAUGACACUUCCCAGUGUAGUAUAUGUGAAGGAACCGCAUUCUAUAUAAAUAAUCGUACUGAAAAUGGUGUUUCUAUGUUACAAAAAUAUUACAACUAUAUAACACAAAAUUUGAAAGUGAAUGCUUUAAAUAAUUUGUCAAAUAAAAUGCACAUUUACGAAAGUUAUAAUAAUUUUUUAAUGCAUGAUUUAAAUUGGUUUACUUUCCUCUUCCUAUUUAGAAUGACAACAUAUCAAGAUAUACACAAUAAUACAAUAUCGAAUGCCAUGUUUCUAAACCUGCACAUUGAAAAUAAACCCAAAAGAAAUAUAAUAACAUUCCAUUGGUAUCCAUCAUAUUUAAAAAAGUUUAUCAUUCAUUAUGUUCGAAAAACUAAGUCUGCAUCUUUGUUAGGCGAAUUAGAAAGUAGAGUAAAAAAAGAAACUAUAGAAAAAAUGAAAAAUAGCAUACGAUUUGUUAUGCAUAUCAAUUCAAUAUUACAACUUGACUUUUUUUAUUAUCUAAAUGAAACACCCCUAAGAAGUACUCACCCAUAUGGUUUAACAAUGCUUAUUGAGGAUAAAUUUAAAGAUUGGUUUAUGAAUUAUUUAACAGGAUUUACUAUGGUCAAUUAUGAUGAUAGUAAUGGUCGAUUUGAUUUACCAAAGAAACGUCAAAGGAAUGAAUUUUUAGCAUCCAAAUUAAAAAUGUGGACUCUUUUUAUGAAAAAAAUUAUUAGCGAUUCAUAUACUCAAUACUUUAAUCAAAAACAUGUUAUAAAUUUAUUUAAAUAUCAUGACACAUUCAACAUAAGUAACAAAAUUAUGUUAAUGAGAGAUUCCUAUGAACUUUAUAUGAACAAUUUUGAUAAAAUAUUUUUCACUGGGGAUGUUUUGAUAAACAAUAAAUUUUUAUCGUCAACUCCCAAAAUACAAAUGGUAGGGGAUAGAGCAUUAUAUUAUUUGCAUGGUCUAUGGGGAAAUCAAAUUAACUUUUACAAAUUUGGUGUAAUAUAUGGAUAUACUAUAAACAAAAAACUUCUAAGAGAGAUCGUUGAAGAAUUAUACGACAUUUAUUCUGCCAACAAAAAUGUUUUUAAUGAAAUAUCUUUUAUGCAAACGGUUCGACUACUAUUCAAAAAAGUUCAACAAAGCUUCUUUUCCCAUCGUCGAAAUGAUUCAGUGAGCAUGAACAACAUCUUCUUCUUCAACGUCCGACCCAACUACUCCAGAUUAUCAAAAGAAGAGAGGCACCAAGAAAUCCACGAAUCAUUGGCAUCUCGUUUUUUCGAGAAAACAUUGUUUUCAAUAUUCCAUAUCAUGUUUGUUAUUAAAAUAAGUAAGCAUGUAGAUAGACUUGAUGCAAUAUAUGGAAAAGCAAAUAUGCUACGUAUGAUUGUACAUGAAGAACCACAGUUAAGAUUUGAAUAUUUAUAUAAUGGCAGUAUGAUUGAUAGUCUAUUAAAUGUAUUUUUCCCUUUAUAUAUAAAAAAACCAGCAGCACAAAUAAAGUAUGGUAAAACAUUUAUUUUAGCUAAUAUGUUUAGACUAUCAUCAGAAUUGUUUGCUAUUUAUAAUUUAAAUAAUUUAAGUAUGCUAUGUGAGUAUCAAGCUAUAACGGGUGCUAACUUUUAUUCCUUCAAAAAACUUUCCGAGUUUAUUGAUAGAAAAUUUGUACCUUUUAUUUUAUUUGGUUACUAUUUGAAAAUUAGUAGUGAAGUUAAUAAUCCAACUCGAACCAGAUUUCAAGCAUUUAAGGAUCGUGCAGUAAAUAAUGGACUGAUUGUCCCUACACUUCUUUAUAAAUCUGGAUAUUUGUCUGGUAAUCUUCUAUAUAGACACAUAUAUUUUUUCCCAAAUAAUUUAAUUGAUGAAUUACAAAAACAAACCGACUGGAUGGAAACGUAUAAAAAGGAUAAUAAACCAAGCGCAUUUUAUUUUGACUUUCAAGCAUUUUUUGCUACUGCUCAUAGUCUUUCUUUAAAAUCAUUUUUAUUUGCAUUAAGUGUAUAUUACUGUUUCUUUGACUAUUCUUUAUUUUUAUCCCGAUUAUCAAGCCGUGUAUUUGAUAGAUUUAUAACAGUUGUAGAAACAUAUGUUAAUGCAUAUUUUAGAUCCAUGGUUAAUAAAUGUUCAAUUGAUGUUUUUUUAAAAGCUAUUUCAAAAAUUUAUGAAGAGACACAAAAAGAAGGAUACUAUAGAGAUAUUAUCGAAUCCAGAAUUGCAGCUAAACAACAUUGUAAUAAUAAUAUAUAUUGUGAACCGACACAAAAAAUUGCAGAUUUAAUUGAACCCAUUGAUAUUGGAGAAACACAAUAUGGAAUAACAUUUUUUUACAAAGAUGACCAUUUACGGUUUGAAAAUUUAGAUGACAAUGAGCUAUUUUUAAAUGAUAAACAUAUUAUAAAUUAUGAAAUUGAUGUAAACCUUAAUCAAAACGACGUCGAUAUUAAUGAUGAUAUAGUUCAAGCAUGUAACUUAAAUGGCCAUAAAUCUGAUCGAUAA